CUGUCUGAUCUGCGCAUGCUCUAUGUGUACAGGCGAUUCAAAUGAUUCAAGUGUGAUAUAUAUUUUUUUAAUUAAUAAACCAAGCAGAGCACCAAAAAUGUCUGUUCAACCAUCGAACCCCAACAAUCCGAUUGUCUUCUUCGACAUCACCAUCGGAGGACAGGAUGUUGGACGCAUGAAGAUUGAGCUGUUUGCUGAUGUGGUUCCAAAGACUGCAGAAAACUUCCGGCAGUUCUGCACAGGAGAGUUCAGGAAGGAUGGUGUCCCAAUUGGUUAUAAAGGCUGCACUUUCCACAGGGUGAUUAAAGACUUCAUGAUUCAAGGUGGAGACUUUGUAAAUGGUGAUGGUACUGGAAUCUGCAGCAUCUACAGAGGUCCAUUUGCAGAUGAAAACUUCAAAAUGAAGCAUUCUGCUCCUGGACUUCUAUCCAUGGCAAACAGUGGACCAGGAACAAAUGGAUGCCAGUUUUUCAUUACCUGCACUAAAUGUGACUGGUUGGAUGGGAAGCAUGUUGUUUUUGGAAAAGUGGUGGAUGGUCUACUGAUUAUGAGGAAAAUUGAGAAUGUGCCCACAGGACCCAACAACAAACCCAAGCUGCCCAUCGUCAUCGCUCAGUGUGGAGAAAUGUGAUCCAACCAGUUUUGUCAGUUGCAUCA